GAUUAAAAACCCAAUUUUACGCUUCCACAAAAUACAUUUUUCCUUAAACUGUUGUUGCUCGAGGUCCAAAUGUAGUCAUCGUGCUUUUAUUGUGUAGGAAACAUCCGGUAAUAUUCACGCUGACUUGACGGGGCACCACGGCUGCUCGGCCGCGCUUCAUUGGCUGUGCCGCUCGUCGACGUCAUUGGGUUCCCCCCCUCGUCGUGCUAACCUCUGUUUGCGCCUGCGUUCUUCUUCUACCUCGAGACCUCCGUCUCGAGCAAAAACCUACGACGCACAAACAGCAGUAAGGAGGAGCAGCCCCUCUCUACUGCCAGCACGGGACGUUUCAUAUGCAUUGGGUUUGUGAAUUCACUUGAUGUCAGCACCCUCAGGGGUGGGAGGGUCUGCAAAAUCCAAACCCAGCAGCUGAAACCUCCAACUGGCAACUAUGUAUGUGUCCACCCUCAUGUUCCUGCAGAGCGCCGAAUAGCUCACUCUGAAAGCACUGUUGCAGAGCUAAAAGGAAGGGACUUAAUUCCAACAUGGAGGGCGUAGCAGUGGACAACCUAAUAGACUUUGACAUGCCCUCAGAGGCCACAACUCUUAGUGUAGAUGUAGGCCAGGAACAAGGCCAUACAGACCUUUUCUCCCCAGAGCCGGCGUCUUCCAUGGGAGUCCACCAGAAGCCCUUACUGCCAGAGCCCAUGGUGCCAACUGAGCCCAGCUCACACCACCACCGCCAUCACCACCAAGAGGAGGGAGACAAUGACAGCGAUGCUACAGAGUCGGCAGACAGCGAGAACGACAUGGACCCGCCCUCUCAUAUGUGGGAGCUGAGGAGGUCGUCAUCUUCAUCCGCUCACAGUGGAGAGGACGCUGACGCUGAGACGGUGGAGAGGAGGCAGUUCAUGAAGGCUUAUGUGGAGAAGGUGUUUCAUGGAAAAGAGGACUUUGACCAGGAAGAGAAGGCUCGUUUUGGAGAGCUGUGCAGCGGAGAAAACGGCAAAGGCAGGGAGUGGUUUGCCAAAUACGUCAGCGCACAGCGCUGCCACUCUAAAUGUGUGAGUGAAGCCACCUUCUACAGACUGGUGCAGUCCUUUGCAGUUGUACUCUUCGAAUGUUACCAGAUGGAUGACUACAGCCCAGCCAAAAACCUCAUGACUAUGUGCUUCACAUACUACUACAGUGGGAAGUCCCAACCGUCUCCCUCAGAGCUUCUGGAUCGGGGUGGUCCUCCACCUGGUCUGGACUCGUACCUCAACAAGGCCAACUCCUGGCUGUCUGGGAAGAAGGAUGCCGCUGAGCGCCUCCUUAAAAACACAUCUAAGACUGACGUCAAAGGCUUCUUCGGAGGCCUAGAGAGCAAGUUGAGGAGCUCAGUGGCUCCCAAGACAGAGGAUGGGGAAAGCCCAGUUGAGACAAAGCCCAUAUCACCAGUGUCUGAGGCUCCAGAGGAUAAGAAAGCAGAGAAGGUGUACCUGUACACCCACCUGAAGCAGCAGCCCAUCUGGCAUACACUACGAUUUUGGAAUGCUGCGUUUUUUGAUGCCGUCCACUGUGAAAGGAAGAAAAGAUCGCCAACCACAAGGGGAACGCAGGAUGAAGAGAAAGACGAGAGGGAGAAGUGGUGUCACAUGACCCAGGAGGAGAGGGACGACAGCUCCAAAAUCGAUGAGAACAUCGCCUUCGGCCAACUUGGGACAUUCACUCACAACAUGCUGGCGUUUGGGCUCAGUAAGAAGCUCUGCAAUGACUUCCUGAAGAAACAGGCAGUGAUUGGGAACCUGAAUGAAGAACAGUACAAGUUGCUGAGUGACCACAUAGAGAAAAUGGCAGCAGAGUGAGUUUGAGGACAGCAGGCUGCAUUUCAAAUUUCCACACAACAGACUGACAGCACACAAACAGCAGCGAUUUCUUUUCAACUCAACAUCACAGUGACCAACUCUCCGCCUGACUGCGUUUGUGUGGUGCGCUGCUGAAAACAUCACCCGCUGUACUGAAUUGUGCCAUAUUGUAGCAAACCCUGUUUAUCCAACUUAGUGAUAGUGCUCCUGUAUCAGCAAUAAUACAGUGCCAUCAGCUGGUGCAUACUUUAACACCUCUGUUUGUGACCUGCUUACAAAGACUAGCAGCAUAGCAACCAUCCAGUAUAAACCGCCUCAGUGUCACUCUGGAUUUAUACUUCUUAUUAUAUACAUUGUGUGUAGAUUAUAUAUCCUCUAUGCUGUUUUACUCUGUGUUUCCUUGGUAACCAUAUUUAUUAUAUGUUGGUUCGUUGUUGAAACUGUGCUGAGUAUCGUCCUGCCUUGUUACAUUUUCUGUAAAUGUCAAUAUACAGUUCAAACCAGACCUGGAUACAGUGUAAUAGUACAUGGCAAUAAUAACUCUACCCUAUUCAGGUGGGUCAGGUCAGUUUUCAAUCACAAAAACUUUUUCAUUUAAUCAUGGGUUUUUAAAAUGGCAAAAACAGCAUCCCUCCAUACCUCUUCUUCAAGGAAAAGUUCAAUAUUUAGAGAAAAACAUGUUCUUGUUGAGUUAUACAAGAACAUUAUACCACUCUCACGUCUGUACAUGAAGCUACAGCAAGAAAACAGUUAGCUUAGCUUAGCAUAAAGCCUGGAACAAAGGGAAACUGCUAGCCUGGAUCCAUCCAAAGGAAACAAAAUCCAUCUAGCGGCACCUCUAAAGCUCGACAAUUAACACAUGUUUUGUUUGUUUAAUCCAUAAAAAAGGCAAAAAUUAGAUUUUUGGCAGACAAAGGACAUCCCUAAAAUCCUUCAUCCGGUUCAUACGUCAUUAACAGGCGACCGGUGAAACACAGCGUUACCUGAAUGAAGUGACAGAAUUCUCUGAGUUUGAACAUUGUUGGAAACAUUUGGGAUAAUGUCAAGUACACAACUCAACUACAUAUAGAACCCAGAGCUAGAGUUUAUACACUGUUUAUUGAUUAUAGAUUAUUGAUUGAAUCAACUACAUAUAGAACAUAGAGCUAGAGUUUAUACACUGUUUAAUGAUUAUAGAUUAUUGAUUGAAUCAACUACAUAUAGAACAUAGAGCUAGAGUUUAUACACUGUUUAUUGAUUAUAGAUUAUUGAUUGAAUCAGCUACAUAUAGAACAUAGAGCUAGAGUUUAUACACUGUUUAAUGAUUAUAGAUUAUUGAUUGAAUCAACUACAUAUAGAACAUAGAGCUAGAGUGGAAAUAAUGUGGAAAUGUUAUAAAUUAUAGUUUUAAUUAGUGAGCUUUAUAGGUCUUUCUUGGUGGACAGUUUUCCCCUGCUUUCAGUCUUGAGCUGCUGGUGGUAGCUUUAUAUAAAACAGAUGAUGGUAUCAAUCCUUUUGUUGAACUCUGGGCAAGAAAGGAAGCAGAAAGUCUUCCUUUUGCAUAGUUACUCAGAGAAAUGUUACUACCACUUUUACUCUGCUGCACAUUUCUAAUCUGGUGGCAUUCAUUUAAUGUUUUUUUAAAUUAGAAACUUUAUUAUACCCUUGGGAUCAUUAGAGACUCCAUCCAAAGUGCCUUCCAUGAAAGUUAAUGUCCUUGUCUUUAUCGUCUGAUGCUACCCUCGAUUGCCAGACCAAACGCUAAUGCAGAGCCUGCAGAGAUCACUCUUUCACUUAUUCCCUGAUAUAUGAACAACGGCUGCAUGCAAAUAAAGCUCAGCAUAUUGCUAUCUGUGUUUUCAGUGACCUAAGUAGUAGUUUUAUUUCCAUACUCUUUCCUGUCCUGCUGCAUGUGUAUCUAUGUAGCACACGCAAACAGCAUCAAGCAAAUGUAAGAUGAGUGACUGAAGUGUGAGGUGGCAUUCCCUUACUGUAUUACUUCAUCCUGCCACUGCGGGGCAGCAUUGUGUCUUCAUUCAAAGCACUUCUCAAUGAGAGAUUCCCAAAAAUCCCUCUUAGCUGUUUCAAGACUAUAUCAAUGUGUGCUUUUUAAAUAUUGAAAUAUAGUUAUCUACAUUUGAUGCACCUUCUGACAGGUUGAAUCCCAUUUCAGAUUGAGAAUCUGUUGUUAAUAUAUUGUGUUGAUGAAGUCAUUUUGUAAAUACUGUACAUGUUUUUCUGUGUGUUGUAAGAAUUGAUCAUGUGCUGCUGUUUAAGUGUAAAUGUAUAAACAAUAGAUGUAAUAGUGCAUUGUGACCAUUGUUUCAAUGAGGAACAUGUCUAACUGUAGUUUAAUACCCUGAAGUGCCCCCAUACAUCCCACCUCUGUUAGAUGUGGACAUUCAAAGUAUUUGCACAUAGUGUGCAAUAAUCUCUGAUGUAAAUGUAAAUCAUUCCUUUUGAGCUACAUGCACUAUAAUCAUACAAUUCAUAUAUGAAGCCUUGCAAACCUCCGUCCACUUAACUGUUAAAUCUCUGACGUGUCCCCUUGCAUGUGCUCCAAGACUAUUUCUUACCCUUUGAAACAUCUGGCAGAAUGGCUAAAUGCCUUUGAUUCUGUACACUUGUGAUUUCCUGAUGUGACCUUUGACCAUGUUGCAACAAGUAUUGACCUGUAUAUUGUACUUGUUAGUUAGCUCAGCAUGAGCCUUUUGCACUACGUUUAGCCUCAACAUCCCUGCACACCCACUACAUAUCUUCCUUUGAGUAAUGUUACAUUGAUGCCUUCUAUAUUCUUUCUGCAUGGCCAGUGCUCUCUCUCUCUCUCUCUCUCUCUCUCUCUCUCUCUCUCUCUCUCUCUCUCUCUCUCUCUCUCUCUCUCUCUCUCUCUCUCUCUCUCUCUCUCUCCAUUGAGCAUAUCUGUUGUGAAAUGUUGACAGUAGUUGUCCUUUGUUACCUGGAUGACCUGAUAUUGACUUGUGUGAAGUACCAAAGUACUACAUUGUGUUUUUGUGGUAUUUGGCUCCUGAUUGUGUUAGUGAUAAGAAUGGUCUUCCCACAGUUGCUGAUUCAUUUUGGGGUUGAAUGCUAACAUUCUAGCAUACACAGUGUUGAAUGAUAGCAGCUAGCUACUUACAGGCAGAGGCUGAGUCAAACUUGAGUCACAAAUUCAAUUACUUAAGACUCGACAAAAUUAAAUGAGACUUUCAACUCUACUUGGACUUUAACACCAAUAAGUCAUGACUUCACUUGAGCCUUUUGACUUGAAAACCUUCCCCCAAGCCCAUGUUGUUUAUCAGCAUCCAGUCAAGUUACAGGAGAGAACCAUGAAGAACUAAUGUUACGUUACUGAGUGCCAGUUGGAAACAAUGAUGCCAAAGAAAAUGGCAUUACAUUUGGUGAAGAGCGCAUUCUGACUUGUUUAGGACACGAAACUUAAAGUUUAGGACUUGGGACUUGCCAGUCUUGAUUUGGGACUCAUUUGUUGGAUUAACACAGACUCCAGUCUCUCUUCUUUUUGUUCUUCCACAGAAAAUAACAAUGGAAAAGACAAACAGUGCAUGUCAAUUUUAUAAACUGCCAUUGACUGAAAAUUGUUGAAACUACCUAUCAUUUAGCUUUAGAGUGGCUACAAGCUUCCAUUUUCUCACUCAGUUGUAAUUUUACUACCACAUUAAAAAACAGUACUACUACAUGCUAGCUUAUCCUAGCAUUGGCCUGUUUUAGCUGAUGUGACUGUACAUUUCCAGAGUAUGUGAUGAGGUGCUAAAUGUUACCUGGGUAGCAAGCAAAUGACAGUGAACUGCAAAGUUGUGCAGAAUUUAGUCUGUAUGCUUUAAUGUUAGCUAGCAUGAAGCCCAUGAUCUACUGGGAACACAACACAAGGUUAUUAUCACAGUGUACGUUGUCAUUACUACAAAGCUGACUGAUAAAACCUGAAGGACUCUUCAACGUAACAGUUCCUGUGUUACCUGCUGUGUGUACAGACUGAGCGUGUGUCGAACAGAGAUGUUGGCUAUUUUAUUGUGCUGUGCUGUUCUAUGCGUGCAUUUUCUUGGACAUGUCAUAAUGUUGAUUCAAGUUGCUGGUACUGUAAUAAAUGUAUUUUUUGAUGUCA